CACCAAACCGUCUUCAACUCACACGAGACAGUUCAACAUGUCCGCCAUGACCAUGUCCGCUUCCCUCACCAAGGUCGCCGUCCCCACCGUGGGCCGUAAGACCGUCGCGCGCCGCGGCGCCGUCAAGGUGCAGGCCAACAUGUGGCCGGAGCCCGGAACGUACCCCGGCGCCGCCGACGCGGACAAGACCUCCCCUCUCGGCAACGACGACGUCCUCUCCAUGCAGAAGGCGGCCGAGUACGAGGUUAUCCACGGCAGGUGGGCGAUGCUCGCCAUCCCCGGCAUCGUGGCGCAGGAGCAGGCCACCGGAGUGCCCUGGUACGAGACCGGCGCGCUGUGCACCCCUUCCUCAUGCCUCGAGAACUACUACUUCCCCGGCGCCAUCGCGCCCCUCGCCCCCGAGGGCUCGGGCCUCCCCUCCUUCUGGGCCGUGCUCGCCUUCGAGGUGAUCUUCGUUGGCCUCGCCGAGGCCUACCGCGGCGGCCUUACCGCGCCCCCCAAGGGCUUCCCCUCUCCCGCCGACGUCGGCGUCUACCCCGGCGGCCGCUUCGAUCCCUUCAAGUUCUCCGAGAAGGUCGACAUGGAGGAGAUGAAGAUCAAGGAGCUCAAGCACUGCCGCCUCGCCAUGGGCGCGUUCCUCGGAUGCCUCGCGCAGCAGGCGUACACCGGCGUCGGACCCGUCGCGAACCUCACCGCGCAUCUCUCCGACCCGUCCCACAACUUCUUUGGCUCCCAGACCGCUCCCUGGAACAUGUAA